UUUACUUGUUGUAAUUUUAAUGUGAAAGGUGUAAUUGCAAUCAAGAUUGGUUUAGGGUUUAUGGUGGCCCAUAAACGUAGAUGUUUUUUCGAGAUGCUUUUCUUGCCCAUAUUUGCCGGAAGUGUGGGGAUCUCUUUUAUAUCUGUGCACAAUUACCCAAAGUAAUCUUUCUUUAAUCCCGGCCCUUUUUGCUGUAUUUGGCCAUCAUUACAUUGACUAACCCCCAUGAACAUAAAAAAGAAAAGGAAAAGAAAGAAAACCUUUUACAAUACUUAGUAAAAUCUUUUUCCUGUCAAGUGAACAGCAACUCCUUACAACUCUCCCCUCCAGGUCCAUGUUUUCCCUACAAGCAUCAAAUUACGAAAUACAUCUUGAACAUCAAUUGUAUUGAGGGUCUGGAAAGGCCGUAAAUUAGAAGCAGUGUUUUUAUUUUCACUCCCUUACACUGUUUCUUUGAUUUCAUCCCAUGGAUUCAGCUGAAUACACAUUUUCCUAUGCGUCUCCAAGUUGGGCAGACAGCAUCCGAGCCUUCCUUUCUCAGUUCUCAAACAUCUUCAGUGUAUUUUCACCCCACAUUGCUCCAACAUAUCACCAUGAUCGCUGUGAAAGAUCAGUUCAGAUGCGACUAUACAGUCUCAAUAAACGGCAGUUUGUUUUGGUCUUUGCCACUUUCUUUCUUUUCUUUGGAGUCAGUGUUCUUAUAGGUGUAGCAGGUCCCCCUAUUAUUGAAACAAUCUCCCAAAAUGCUUCUUCACUGCGUCAGGUAACCCCAGAUUUAAAGACCGGGCCUUUUCAUUUGAAAUCACCACCCAUGUCAACAUUUCAUCAACAGUUAUGGUUAAUUGCUAGUAUCGAUGCUGACAAUGCUGGAAUGGCCAAAUUUGAACAAGAGUUCACAGUCAGUGUUCAGAUCAGGGCUAUUCAAAAAAAUGAAAAACUCAAAGAAUUGUUUGACAAUCCAAAUCUGACAGGAGAGAUCCACAACCACACAAGAAACCUACGAUGUGCUCAUAAAUGUGAUGACCUAAUUUUGAUGCACUUGGGAUUUUUGGAUUAUUCCAAUUAUAUUAUCAGUGUCCGUUUCUUUGGAUUAGAAAACGUCAAAUACAAAUUUGAAAAUAUUGAUUUUCAUUUUAAAAGUUACAAUGUCAACUUCACUCAGCUUGAAAUAUGGCUAAGAUUUGUAUUCUUAGUAUUCACAUUUAUCACAGCAUGCCUCUUUGCUCAUUCCCUGAGGAAAUUUUCCAUAAAAGAUUGGUCAAUAGAACAACGUUGGAUAGCAGUCUUACUUCCUUUACUCUUGCUCUACAAUGACCCUAUUUUUCCAUUAACGUUCCUAGUGAAUAGUUGGCUACCUGGCAUGUUGGAUGGAAUAUUCCAGGCUACAUUCCUCUGUGCAUUAUUACUUUCUUGGUUGUGUCUUUACCAUGGCAUUCGACAAACAGACCGACGGUUCUCAAAAUUCUAUUUACCAAAAUUAAUAGUUGUCGGUUUGUUAUGGAUAGCUGCUGUGACACUGGCAUCAUGGGAACAGUAUAAUGAACUGAGAGAUCCAACAUUUUAUUAUCGUUUGGAUCACACUAAUUUUAUGGGUAUCAAGGUUUGCUUCUUCAUUGUAGGUGGAAUUUAUCUCGUCUAUCUCAGUUAUUUGUUAAUUCAAGCAUUUGCUGAAUUGCAGACGAUGCCUUACUUUGAUAUUAGGCUGAAAUUCCUGACUGUUUUUAUGUUAAUAAUUCUGGUGGUUUCUGUGGCAAUUACAUUCUUACGCUUUGGAGGAUCCAUGUUGCAAGACAACUUUGUAUCUGAGCUGACAACUCGUUACCAGAAUUCUGUUGAGUUUGUCUCUUUUUAUGGUCUACUCAACUUUUACCUUUACACAAUGGCCUUUGUGUAUUCCCCUUCGAAAAAUGCUAUUUAUGAAACCCAUUUCAAGGACAAUCCAGCUCUUUCUAUGUUGAAUGAUUCUGAUGAAGAAGUGCAUUAUGGCUCUGACCAAGAAGAGGUUUCCUUGACAAGUCGGCAGAGACAAAUGAAUCGUUAUGACACCGAUGAUGAUACAUUCCACUAGAAUCUCCAGUUUCUUCACAAUUAUAACAUAACAAUGCUUAUUUAUAUUGUUUACAAUAAUAUUGGUUUUUAAAUUCUGUUUAUUUUUGCAAAAGAAGAGUUGGUAAAGUUUCUUCUUAUUUUAUAUGCAAGACUGUUUCUAAAGAAAUAUAAAAAUUCAGUUAGCAAUAGUGAAAGAGAUGAACUACUUAAUGCAUUCAAAUAUUUUUCUCUUGUAAAAUAUUUCUCAGAAAAGCAAUCUACAUUUAAGUUUUGAAGGACAUUUUAUGUAUAUAUUGGGGUGUAUAUAUUUCUUUUGUAACAGUAUUUCAUAUCUAUUUUAUUUAAAAGUCCCUUUUUUUUUUUGACUCCUACAAACACUGUAGGAUUCACUCUAAUGUUGAAUAUAUUUUAAUUGAAUUUACUGUUUGGAACUUUUUUUUAAUUUUACCAUGUUAAUCUCUAAGCUAUCAUGUUUGUCUUCAUAUAGAGUGGGAGAAAUUAUCUUCAUAGUUAUGACAUUGUGAUAUAGAUGGUGAUUAUAAAAGCUAUUUGCAUUUCUUAUUACCAAAACCCAUUGCAUUUGGAGAGAUGAGCAGACAUUUGUUUUAGAUAUACAGGGAACAUUCUGGAUAAUUUUUUUGGUGGAGGAAGCCUUUAGAACAAACAUUUUAUUCUACUAGAUUAUUGAUCCAUUUUGUUUCCCUAAGUCAUUAAGGUAUUAACAUUAUUUUAUUCCAGUAGAUUAUUCAUUCAUUUUAUUUUCAUCACCAUAAGACAUUAAGAUAUUAAUUCUGAAACCAACAAGUUUUCAGUUUUGUAAUAUAACUUUGAUAUUCAAUGUUAUAGUAAAUCUGGAAUGUUUGGUGUUACUGCAGCUGUUAAUGAAACAAGGAAUUAUUUUACUCCAUUCUGUUUUUUUUUAAUUACUACAACCCUAAACAGGACAGUUAUUUUCAAUGGUAGGGUUUGAACAUUGACUUUCUAUUGAAAAUGAAGAACUAAAAGUGGGAUUGAACUGUAUAGCACAUUCAUUUUAAGAGAGUUUAUGUUAUUCCCAGUUAAUAUAAAUAUGAAAACUACAAUCACAAACUUAGUAUUCAUUUUUCAUAUCAAGCAUCUUUGAUUGGGCAGUAUUUUCUCUUAAAUGGUGAAAACAAUUUUAGUUAUCUUCAAAAAUUUGAUUUUUUGUUUUUAAUAAUCAAAUAAUAUUGCUAACACAUUAAAAAUGAAAAAAAGUGAGGCAAAAUGUAAACAGGUUUUCAUAACAUUCCCUUCUUUAUUUAUUUUGAAAAUUUUUCACUUGUAAAAUAAUCAUAGAUCUCAGUGUUAUUGUUAAUGUUACGAGGAAAGUGAAAGGUAAAUAUUCUUUGAAACAAAUGUUGGGAGCCAUUUUUACAAUGUACUUAUAGCAUACAUUUUAACAAAGUGAAGCUGUAAAGUUUCAAAGAGGAACUAGUUACCUGUUUACAAAUUUAUACCUUGAAGGUGCUGAUGACAUCACUAAGGAAAGAUAUUUGCUACUUUUUUUUGCAGUUAGCAUUGAAGAUUUAUUUAUUGUUUUUUAAUAAAGAAGUGAUGAAAAUUGCAGUAGUCACCACACAGCAAAAGUAAAAGAUAUUUGAUUUUCAUAAAAAUAUGUAUAUAUAUAUAUUGUAAGUUACUUUGUGGUACUGGUGCCAUGUAAAAAACACUCAGUUCCCUCUGUAAAGUGGUUGGUGUUAGGAAGGACAUACAGCUGUAGAAACCAAGCCAAGACAGACAAUGGAGCUUGAUGCAGCCUUGGCUUUUAUUAGCUCCUGUCAAACCCAUGCCAGCAUAAAAAAAUGAACAAAAUGAUUAUAUAUAUAUAUAUAUAUAUUGAGUAUCACUGUCAAGAAAGCUUGGGGUAAAUUUAAAAAAAAAAAGCCCUUCAAAAGACAACUUCGAAGAGUGCAAUUUCAAUUCUCAUUAGAAUCCUAUCAAAAUUUCAAGCUUUAGGUUUUUAAAGAGGACUCCCACUUGCUGAUAACCAUUUAAAAUAAAUAUAUUCUCAUGAUGGUUUGUCUUUGAUAGGGAAGUAAAAGAAUCAUAACAGUUAGUUAAGUUUCAGUUCAAUACAUAAGAUACUCUUCAGAUGAUUCAGGAUAUUGGUUAUGUGGAAACAAUGAGGUAAGCUAGUAGAGAAAAUGAUUGAUUUUUCUUUAUUGAUUCCAUAUACUUUAUAGUCACAGUAGGUUUCUUUAACUAAGGAGUUUAUUCUACUUUGUUUUUGUUAAAUUUGAAUUUUGUAUACAAAAAAAUUGAAGUUUUAAUGAAAACAUUCCAUUAGUUAAAUAUAUUAGUUUUAUGAACGAUGUUUAAAUGGUUUCUUGAUUUAAGAGUUAAGCUGUAUCACUUUAAAACCAGUUGAUCAGUGAGAUGAAAAUUAAUUUAUCUUUGAAUACCAAUUUAGAUUGUUAUAAUUUCAGUUGCAACAAAUAUAUCCAAAUGUUUUGAGUUUGAUACAGAUUUAUUUUUUUACAUUUGUUUCCAUAAAGUUAAAGUUUAUUAUUUAUCUCCAUGUUUAUAUUUCUAUUAUCAUUUUUUAAAUUAGUCUAUCUUCAGGCACUAUAUUUUUCUACAUAUCCUUGUGAUACUGACCUUUUUAACAAUAAGCAACUCUAGCUUUGAAUUAAAGUUUUGAGCAUAGUUCCAGUGGCAACAUAUAUAUAUAUAUAAUGUAUGCAUGCAUGCAUGUUAGUUAGAAAAAUCACUUGAAGAUUGCCAGCAAGCAUUCUGAUGAGAAAAAUAUCAAUAGAAUACCAGAUUCAUAGUCUGAAGGUGCAAAGUUCUUUUCUAGCAAUAACUUGUGUACACAGUACAUUUUACUUCCUCUACAUCAUUUUACUUGGUCAGAUCUGCUAUUGACUUCUCAUGUUUUUAAUGGUUUGGUCUGGAAGAAGGGGCUGUGCUUCAUAGUCUUUGCAAAUUCUCCAGACCCUUUCAUUAUAUCUUUCUGGUUCUCUAUAACCAGCUUAUGUUACAUGUUCUCUUUAUCCAUCUUAUUGUUAAUUCUAACCACAUAUGUAUCCUCUGUAAUACCUGAAUUUCAUAGGUCACAUUUCUAAUUACUAGUACCUCAAAGACAGGUUAAUCUAUUUAAUAAAGUAUCUGCUUUACAACACUUGUUGCUGACUCAUACACAAUAUUUUAGUGAAGGUCAUCUGUAGUAGAUGUGGUGUUAAGAAUGUCUCCUGAUUUGCAUUAUUAUUACAUACAUUACAAAGGUAGUGAGUUGGCAGAAUCAUUAGUAUGCCAGUCAAAAGGCUUAGCCGUAUUUCAUCUGUCUUCGUGUUCUAAGUUUAAAUUCUGCCAAGAUCGACUUUGCUUUUCAUCUUUUUGGAGGUCGAUGAAAUAAGUACCAGUUGAGUACUAUGGUCAAUGUAAUUAACUAUCUCCUACCUCCAAAUUACAGGUCUUGUGCCUAUAUUAGGAUUAUGUACAGAAUGGUGACAGGCUGAAAUAAUAAAGCAAAGGAUUAAAUGCCUUGCAGUAUGUAGUUAUGUCCCUUUACAUUUCCAGUCCAAAUCCCACUGAGGUCAACUUUGCUUCUCAUCUUUCCAAGGUCACUGAAAUAGCAGACAAAUACUAGGAUCAAUCUAAUCGACUAUACCGUCCGUCAUGAUGUGUGGCCUUGUGCUCCUGUCAGAUUCCUUGUCUACGUGACUCAAUAAACUUAGCCAUGUAGUCGGGACUGAUCAACUUUUUAAUUCUGCAAUAUUGGGUGAGAGGACAAAUGAACUGUAGCAGAUUUGUUUGAACAAGUUAAACCAUGUCAGCAUUGAAACUUAGUUUGAAAUAUAUGCAUUAAACAAUUUAUACUGCUUUUUAUAUAGUGUAGGUAACUGUAUAGUUAAAUUGAUACCAUGGUUUCAUACAAGUAACAAGUGAAAUAUGAUCAAUUGAACCUCUUCAUUACAUCCAUGAAGAUAAACUUCACUUCGAAAUCAUGCUAUAAAUUUAUUUAUAUAGUUACCCAUGAACACAACAGACUCAACAUACUUCACUGCAAGCAUGUAUUGAGUACUUUAAUGUUUACACACAUGUUACUCUAUGUGCAUACACACACUUACAUAUAUACAUGUGUACACACAUUUUUCUUGUGAUCUGUUGCUUAUUUUCUCUAUUUUCAAAUGUUUUUGGAUUAUUAAAGGAAGUGAAUGACAAUGUGUACAGGAUGAACAGAACGCUUUGUGGUAUUUAGUUACGUCCUUUCAUAUUCCCAUUUCAAAUCCUAUCUGAGUGGGUGGAGGGUUAGCGUCAAUAAAGUAAGUAUCAGCAAUAUAAUAGUAGUUAAUUCAGUUGACCACACCUCUAUCCCUAACUUGAAAAUUAUUACAUUCUAAAUUCAGUUUUAUAUUUUAGGUUGUGUUCAGCAUUUUGUCAAAUUUUCAAUACACUUCUGAAUUCUGUAAAAUAAUGUACAAAAAUAACUAUAAAAUAUAAAGCAUGAAACUAAUUUAUUGUAUUUUCUAAAUAAAUGUUUGUAACAUUUACUAAAUAUAUAUGUAUUUAUUGAUUAAAGUUAUGUUUAUAUAUGUUUUA